AUGAGUGACGCCUGCUACAAAGACCUGGGAUGUUUCUCUAUUUUCGCACCAUUUGGAUUCACCCUACAGAGACCCCUGGCUCUCCUGCCACAGUCGCCUGAUAGAAUCAGCACCCUGUUCAAGCUGUACACCCGAGCCCAACCGGCAACUCCACUAGACCUGCCAGCCACACAAGUCAAGACAAGUCUCACCACCAUCUGGCCAGGUUUUGUCUCACGACCGACCAAAAUUAUUGUACACGGAUAUCAAGACAAUGUCGACGUAACUAACUGGGCAAAGCAAAUGAAGGACGAGCUAUUGAAACAGGGAGACUACAACGUCAUCCUUGUGGACUGGUCAGGGGGCAACAAACUGCCCUACACCCAGGCCACAGCCAAUACAAGAGUCGUAGGGGCUCAGAUAUCUCAACUCAUCAACCACAUCAGUGCUAAAUACGGUACACCAGCCAAAAGCUUCCACGUCAUCGGUCAUAGUCUGGGCUCUCACAUCUCUGGUUACGCUGGGGAGAGGGUGCCAGGUUUGGGGAGGAUUACAGGUCUGGACCCCGCCGGCCCAUAUUUUGAGAACACUCCAGCCAGCAUCAGACUUGACCCCACUGACGCGUUGUUUGUUGACGCCAUCCACACUGACGCUGGGACUCUUCUCACAGCUAACCUCGGCAUCAUGCAGGCUGUAGGUCACGUUGACUUUUAUCCAAACGGUGGACACAAUCAGCCUGGGUGUAUCCAGUCUCCUAUUACAUCCAUUGAGCAGUGGGGGCUUAUUGAUGGCGCUGUUGACUUUGUCAUCUGUAACCACAUGAGGUCCAUCCACCUGUUCACAGAGAGCAUCAACUCCAGCUGUCGCUUCAAGAGUUAUCCUUGUGCUAGUGAACUCAACUUUGUGUUGGGUUGGUGUAACACAUGUGGUGUGUCGGGCUGUGCCAACCUGGGAUUCUGGGCCAAGCCAACGCCUGCUGGAAAAUUUUUCUUGAAGACUGCUGGAAAUCCGCCAUUUUGUUUGGCUUAG